AUCCAUCGCCCGCACUCUAGUUGAUGCUCCCCUGCACCUGCAUCGUGCUCCCGACUUCGCGACCCCGGCUCCGCCGCUACUCCUACUUUCACUUCCCACGCUCUCGGAUAUAUUACUUGCUGCCCUCGCCCGCGUGUUUUGGAAAGGCAUAUCUGUUCUGUUGCCUACUCGCCGUCGUGUGCGCGCGCUCAGCUUACACGUUCUCUUUCUUCAGCCUUCACCCUUAAUUCUCCUUGUGUCAUCAUUCUUCUUCUUGUCUCUCCUUUGCUGAUCCCCGCCGACCCCAAACCUAGUUGGGCCUCAACUGCCACCGUUGCUCUACGUACAUCCAUCCCUUUAUUUCAACACCAUUGUCUUCUCACCUUCUACUUCUCUCCAUCCGUUGCAACUACUACCACCACCUCCACCUCCGCCGCCCGCUGCAGCAGCUUCUACCCAUUGUACCUGCAUUUCUCAAAGCUACCUUUGUUCUCCUCCCCGUACCCGCCAGCAUGAUUGAGGUGGCGCCCGGCGUCCGUCAGCGUGGCGCCAGAAGAAAGUCUCCCAGUAGAGAUGCCGGCCUCGGCUCGGGGUCGGAGGACGACCUGCUGGAAGCUCCCCGAGCGAAGAAUGUAGUGGCCGCCUACAUCCGCCCCACAGGAUUCCCUCGGCGCUACAAGGUAGUGUUGGCUGUCCUUACCAUUCUGGCCUUUGUGACCCGCUUCUGGAAAAUCAGUCAUCCUACUGAGGUUGUCUUCGAUGAAGUCCAUUUCGGAAAGUUCGCAUCAUACUACCUGGAAGGAACCUAUUUCUUCGAUGUCCACCCUCCGUUUGGCAAGCUCCUGUUCGCCCUCAUGGGCUGGUUCGUUGGUUACGAUGGUCACUUCAAGUUUGACAACAUCGGAGAUUCCUACAUCGCCAAUGGUGUUCCUUACGUUGCAUUCCGUGCUAUGCCGGCAAUGUUGGGCUCUUUGACUGUGCCCGUGGUGUUCCUGAUCAUGCAGGAGUGCGGAUACAGCUUGCCUGCCGCGGUCACUGCCGCCUCCCUAGUUCUCUUUGACAAUGCCCACAUUGGACAGACCCGCUUGAUCCUCCUCGAUGCGACCCUGAUCCUCUCCAUGGCUUGCUCUCUGCUGGCCUAUGUCCGCUUUUACAAGCUCCGUCACCAGCCCUUCGGCUAUGGGUGGUGGAAGUGGCUGCUCCUCACCGGAGUUGCUCUUUCCUGCGUCAUCUCCACCAAGUACGUUGGUGUCUUCACCUUCGUCACCAUUGGUGCUGCGGUGGCUAUCGAUCUGUGGAAUCUGUUGGACGUCAAGCGCGGGCUGUCACUUCAGCGCUUUUCCCAGCACUUCAUGGCCAGGGCCUUCGGGUUGAUCAUCGUUCCGUUCAUGCUAUACCUAUUCUGGUUUUACGUCCACUUCGCGAUCUUGUACAAGAGCGGGCCCGGCGAUGACUUCAUGACCCCCGGCUUCCAGGAGACCCUGUCGGACAACGCUUUGUCUCUGAGCAGUGUUGGCGUCAACUACUACGACACGGUCCAGCUCCGCCACAAGGACACCAAGGCAUUCCUGCACUCUCAUGCGCAGAACUACCCUCUUAGAUACGAGGACGGAAGAGUCUCUUCCCAGGGUCAGCAAGUCACUGGUUACCCGUUCAACGACACCAACAACCACUGGGUCAUCAUGCCGCCCGUUGCUUUUCCGGAAGACCAGCGCGUGAACCGCCCUGUGAAGAACGGGGAUGUGAUCAAGCUCCACCACGUCAUGACCGAUACCGACCUCCUCAGUCACGAUGUCGCCUCGCCUUACUACCCCACCAACCAGGAGUUUACCACCGUCCCCCUGGACAAGUCCUACGGUGAGCGUCACAACGACACUUUGUUCGAGAUCAAGCUGGAGCACGGAAAAUCCAAGCAGGAAUUGAGGACUCUGGCCGGUCAAUUCAAGCUCCUUCACAAGACGAGCAAGGUAGCGAUGUGGACGCAUCCCAAGCCUUUGCCAGAAUGGGCCUUCAAGCAGCAGGAGAUCAACGGCAACAAGAACGUUGCGCAGGGCUCCAACAUCUGGUACAUUGAGGAUAUUCCAUCGCUGGCUGAGGAUGAUCCCCGCAACGUGAAGUCCGCGAAGCAGGUCAAGCACAUGUCUUUCUUCAAGAAGUACUUUGAGCUGCAGCGCGCCAUGUUCCACCACAACAACGCAUUGACCUCUUCGCACCCUUACGCAUCCCAGCCAAUCCAGUGGCCUUUCCUUCUGAGGGGAGUGUCCUUCUGGACCAAGAACGACACCCGUGAACAGAUCUACUUCCUCGGAAACCCAGUCGGCUGGUGGAUCUCGUCCGCCCUUCUCGCCGUGCUCGCCGGUGUCUUCGGAGCCGACCAGAUCACGCAGCGUCGUGGAAUCGAUGCUCUGGACCGCAUCACGCGCAACAGGCUGUACAAUUCCACCGGGUUCUUCUUCCUUGCCUGGGCGUCGCACUACUUCCCUUUCUUCCUGAUGGGUCGUCAACUCUUCCUUCACCACUACCUGCCCGCCCACCUCGCGUCGGCGCUUGUAACUGGUGCUCUGGUUGAGUUCAUCUUCUGCUCGGAGCCUCUGGAGAAGGAGGAGAUCACCAAGGAUGGAAAAAAAACCUUUGUCGCUGCCGGUAAGCAGAGUCUCCUUGGGGCAUGGAUCGCCACCGCUGUCGUGUGCAGUCUUGUUAUCGCAGGAUUCGUGUUCUACGCACCCCUCACCUACGGCACUCCCGGCUUGACCCCGGCGCAGGUAGUAGCGCGGAAAUUGCUCGGUUACGAGUUGCACUUUGCGAAAUAAGGAUGACGAUUGUAUGGAAUUGUUAUCUCUUGUGUUUUUUCUUCUUUUUCUUUGGUUGGAAGCUAGGGGGAGUUGGAUGGUUGCGCGCGAAUGGUGGCGCUUGGUUUCGAUUUCGAAAAGCUCUCUCCUCGAUUUCUACCAUACUACCUACUGGGCGGAAGAAGAUAGUGCAUGAUUAUCGUUUGUAGCGUGGGUAGAAAUAGCGAACUGUUUUUUAAAUUCGGGC